AACAUACCUUACUAGCAUUAACAUUAAUCACAUGACCUAAGGUCCUGCGACACUAUAUACGCACAUAAAUAUACAAUUAAUGAUACACACAAACAUCACAAAACUAAAGAAGGAAAAGGUGACUAGGGGCUAUCCCACCAGGAGGACCCAACCGAAAUGGAGUAACUCUGGCUUUGGGGACCACCAUACAAGGUGUCCAAAUACAGAUUCCUACCUAUAUACAGGUCAACACUGCACUGGGAAGAUCUCAAAGACGGUCCUAUAUGUAAGUGUUGGAGUCCCCAUUGGGGUGCUGCUCAUCCUCCUGGUUGUUUUGGGAAUUUUCUGCUGGAGAAAGAAGAACAAAGCUCCAGAACCUGAGCAGGAACCAUAUUAUUCUACAAUUGUGAUUAUAGGUGGUUCCUAAGUCACUGAAAGUUCCUGGUAAAUACACCAGAUGUGACCAUGAAGACACCAGUCUGCCACGCUCUGCUGUCUGCGCUGCUUUUCUCCUACAUUGCAGCCCAGUGUCAGAACGGGGGCUACAAGGCCAAGGGAUGUAUCUGCCCCCGUUCUUUUUAUGGACCAUUAUGUGAAUUCUUUGUAGAUGGGAUUCCAACUGUUAAAUCAGUGGAAACCUCCGUAAGGGUGAAAAUGCAAAUCACCAACUGGAACCUUACUGAACGUGUGACUGAUCCCCAGACUGAGAACUUUAAGAAAUUCGAAGAAAAUUUUAAAGCUGAGAUGAAAAACGUCUAUUCGAAAGUCCCUAACUACACGGAUACUAAGAUCCUUUCGGUGAUGACAAAUGGUGUCACGGUGGAUCAUGACGUUAUUACCAAAAUAAAAUUCAGGGGAGACAGGUUCUUGGCUCAGAAGUACCAUAAGAUCUUCCAACAAGUGAAAACAAGACUUGAGAAUCUUAAGAAACAGAACUGCACAAGCAAGGGAAAUACCACCUCCUUGUGUGUUGGAGACUCCAUCACCGUCACGCCUAUACAUCCACCAAGUGGACAUGAUUUCUGUAGGUCGAUAGUCCCAGUAGGAUUUAGUGACUUUUACUCUUCAUACUUCAGUUCUGAGGGUCUAAACUGUGUAUCUCCUUGUCAUAAAAAGUCCCCAAACUACCUGAAAUGUAGAGGAGGUAGAUGUCGACUGAGCAGGACCGGCCCUCAGUGCUUGUGA